AGUCACUCAGGUCUCAGUCUCGCUACCAACAUCAACGUGGUUGGUCCAGCGUGUCUCCGUCUGUCAAAUAUGAUAAAUAAUAAUAAUCAUUAUUGAUAUUAUUAUUUAAUAAUUAUUAUUGAGACACCUGUCAUUAUAAAGUGUGUUCCGUUUUAUUCAAUUGUGUUAUUAGUGUUUAAAUUACCUUUAAAUUAAUUAAUUGAAUUUCGAAAUUAACAAUCGACUUUUAAAUUGUUUUAAAUUUUAAAAAUUAUUAUUUAAUAAGCAAUUUAUUUAAUUUUUAUUUGUGCAUGUUGUUGGCUUUUAUGGAUGUGAAGUGAAGGGUUUUUUUUUUAUUUCUUUCUGUUCAACACAAACGGAUGUUACACCUGCUAUUUUAUUUGUAAUUAUAUAUUUGUUAUUUUAAUAAUUUCGAAAAAGUUACUACUUCUUGGCAUGGAAACAACCUGAUCAAGACAUUUAUGAGGAUAUUAUUUCACAAAUAAAAUAAUAAUGUCAGUACUGGAAUUUAAUUAUUCUGGAUUUAAAAAAUCAAUAUUUUGAAAGAAGACAUUUAUCCACAAACGUCAUAAAACCUUGGCCGACUUUGUUUAAUAUCCAGGAUAUAAUUAUGAUGAUAGAAAAAACAAUAGAUAUACAAAGAAAAUAAAAAAUUAUUUGCACAAAAAAAAAAUAAAGAUCUUUGUUUGAAAAAAAAAUUAAAAAAAUGGAAAUUGAUAAAUUAAAUAAUUCUAAUUUUAAUAAAUCAAAAAAUUGGAAUUUAAAUAAUAAUAAUAAUAAUAAUAUAAUAACCAAUGUGCCAAAAUUAUUAAUAAAUUAUCAAAAUGAUAAUAAUAAUAUAGAACAUAUAAAUAAUUAUUUAACAACAAAGACUGAUUGUAAAUCAUCAACAAGAUUAUUACCAUACACUAAAACAAAUAAUAAUUCAACAUCAACAAUCAUGAAAAAUGAUAAAUUAUAUGAAUUUAAUAUUAACAAUAAUAAUAAUAAAUAUAACAAUAAUAAUUUACAUGUUAUUGCAACGUCCUUGACGGAAUUACAAGUUGGUAAAAGUCGUGAUACACGACGUGCUUGUUCAGAACCCGGAAGUAUUUCAUCAGGUACCGUUAGGACAACACCCAGAACAAGAGUUGUGAUAAAACCACCACGUUCAACAACAGCAUCAAGAAUAACAAGUAUUGAUAAAAUUAAUUCAAUUGAUAAUAAUAAUAAUAUUAAUUAUGAUAAAUCAAUUGUUGUUAAUAAUGAUGGAAAAAUUGUUAAACCAAUUAAUAUAAUAAAUAGUGGAAAUAAUAGUAAUAAUAAUUUACAAAUGACAAGUGUUGGAUCAACUGUUGUAUCACCAGUAACAAGUUUAAAAAGUGUACCAAGUUUUAAAACAUCAACAUCAAUUGAUAAUAAUAAUUGUGAUAAUGAAUCAGAUUAUGUUGUUGAUCCUGUACAAGGUACUGCUUAUCACAAAGGACAAUUUCUUGGAAAGGGUGGUUUUGCAAGAGUCUAUCUUAUGACUGAUAUUACAAAUGGUAAUAAAUAUGCAUGUAAAAUAAUACCUAAAAAUCGAAUGCAAAAAAUUCACAUACAAAAGAUUGCUCGAGAAAUAAUGAUUCAUAAAGAUUUAAAUCACAUUAAUGUCGUACAAAUGCAUCAUUAUUUUGAAAAUAGUUUAAAUGUCUACAUGCUGCUGGAAGCUUGUCCAAGAAAGAGUUUGAUGCACGUGUUAAAAUAUCGUGGUAAAAUAACAGAACCAGAAGCACGUUAUUAUAUGAAACAAAUGACAACUGGUAUUGCAUAUAUACAUUCACAGAAAAUAGUGCAUCGUGAUUUAAAACCAGGCAAUAUGUUUUUAUCUGAUGGUAUGAUUGUUAAAAUUGGUGAUUUUGGCUUAGCAACAUGUCCAGAUGGACAAAAAAAAAAAGUAACAAUAUGUGGUACACCAAAUUACAUUGCACCAGAAGUAUUAUUUAAACAAGCAUAUAGUUAUGAAGCUGAUAUAUGGGCACUUGGUUGUAUAUUAUAUGCAUUACUUGUUGGACAACCACCAUUUGAUACAGCAACACUUAAAGAAACAUACUCACGUAUAUGUAAUAAUCGUUAUAAAGAAAUUGAUAAUACAAUUAUAACAAAUAAUGGACAAAAUUUAAUACGUUGGUUAUUACAACCAGUACCAGAAUUACGUCCAUCACUUAAACAAGUUAAUCAACAUCCAUAUUUAAAUAUUGAAUAUGUGCCAGAUAAAUUAUCACAUUCAUGUUGUUAUAGACAACCAGAAUUACUUGGACCAAUUGAAAAUAAAAUUAUAAAUAAUCAACAAAAUCAAAAAUUAGCACCAACAGCAUCAAUGCCAUCAGUAUCAUCAUCAUUGUCAUCAACAAGUUCAUGCAGUACAUCAACAUCAAAACCAGUUAUACAAAAACAAUUACCAGUUACAUUUAAAAAUAAUACAGAUAAUAAAAAUAUCAUAGGAAAUAAUUUACAAAUUAUGAAAAAUUCACAAAUUAUUAUUAAAAAAAAAUCAAAUGUUGGCAAUUGGCUUGGUAAAAAAUUUCCAAAGUUCAUUAAAUUAAAACAACGUAUUGGUAAUUUAUUAUGUUCAGAUAAAAAAAAAACAACUGAAAAUAUUAUGAUGUAUCAUGCAUUAGAAAAUUGUUUAAUGGAAAUAAGAUAUAUGAAAUGUGAAAAUAAUCCAAAACCAAUUGAUGGUCUUGUUCCAUUAUUUGUUACAAAGUGGAUUGAUUAUUCAAAUAAAUAUGGAUUAUGUUUUCAAUUGUCUGAUUGUUCAGUUGGUGUGCUAUUUAAUGAUAGUACCAAAAUGAGUUACACACGUGAUAGAAGAAGAGUCGAGUAUACAACAUCUGAUGAUGAAGUAACAAAAUUUUCAAGAGAACGAGAUGUUCCUGUUUUUAUGAAUGAAAAAUUAGAAUUAUUACGACAUUUUACUGAAUACAUGGAUGAUCAUUUGACAAAUGGUGGUGAAAUUGGUGAUAAUGUUGUGACAAAAACAUCAAAAAAACCAGAAAAUGUACCACGUAUGCGUAGAUGGCUAAGAACAGAUAAAGCUAUUGUCAUGGAAUUAACUGUUCCACUUCUUCAGGUUAAUUUCUUUGCUGAUCAUACGAAAAUUGUUGUGUCAGGUGGUACACGUCCACGUGAUUAUCUUGUAACUUAUAUUGAUGCAAGCAGACAUGCAACAUCAUAUUGGCUAAAUGACAUACGGGAAUCUGGUUGUACAAUUGAACUUUAUGAAAGAUUAAAUUAUGUUUGUAAAGCAUCACGUGAAUUUGCACAUUUAGAAAAUACAAAUAAUCCAAUUGGUUGUUUAGAUUUACCAAUAAAUAAUGGAACAAUAUUAAAAGCAUAAAUAAUUGUUAUAAUAAUCAGUGUCUUCCUAGACAAAAGUUUAUAAUUUUUAAACUAUUGAUUAGUUAAAAUUAAAUAUUUUUCUUUCGUCAAUCCUACAAACAAAAUUAUAUAUACAUAAUUGAUAUAUAUAUUUUUUCGAUAUUCAUUAGUAAAAAUGAAGAAUUAAAUUAUAAUUGUGAUAAACGUUUCCAUGUGGAUUAAUUAAUUAAUUAUAAAAUUAACUAAUUAAUUAAUAUCCUAGUCGAGUAUGAAAUUUAUAACUAUUUCAAAAUUUAUCAUUAGUAUUUCGAAAUACAUCGAGUUAUAUUUCGUUUAACAAAAUUUAAUGUGAAAAAUGAAAAAUUUUGUAAUUUAAAUUUCAUGUGUUAUAUAUUGCCAAUUAAUUAUAAAAAUAUUAUUAUUUUUCUCUACAAGGUAGAUUGUUUAAACUGUGAUUGUUAAUCAUUACGUAAUUAUUAUUAUCGGCAUUUAUUAUUACUAUAUUAUUAUUAAUUAAUUUUAUUAUUAUUAAAAUUGUUAUUAUUUGUUAUCUUUGGUAUGUUUUCUUUUUUUGCAAUUUAUUGAUAAUUUAAAUAAUUCAUUGAAAAAUAAGAAUAUAAUUAUAACAAACAUUUUGUGAUUAAUUAGAAUUAAUUGUAUUUUUUUUUUUUUUUUCAUUCAUUUGGUUUUUUGAAUGAUUGUAGAUAAAUAAUGGUUCCAGUGUGUUUACAACGAUGUUAUAAUAUUAUAUAUAUUUUUUCUCAUAUAAAUAUAAAAUAUGAAUAUAUAAAU